AUGCUUGAGAAGUACCUGAGCGCCAUUCUUGUGCCGUACUUCUCCCAGUACGCGGAGAACAUUGACGCAAAGCAACUCAAAGUGGACAUCUGGAGUGGCAAGGCGUCGCUCAAUGAUCUUGUCCUGAAGCCAAGCCUCCUCGACGCGCUACUGCAGGGGGAUGCAGACAGUAAUGCCCCCACCGCUUCCGCUUCUACCUCCUCUCCUCCCACGCCGACGACGACGGGGGGCUGCCUGCCUCUGACGCUGCAGCGGGGGAUAUGCAAGCAGGUGAACAUCGUGGUCCCCUUUACGCAGCUGCGCUCGAAGCCGGUGGUGGUGGAGGUGGACGAGCUGUUUAUUUGUCUGCGUGGAAACACGGAGAGCCGGGAGGCGGUGCUGAGCAAGGCGGCCAAGCUGGACGCCCAGGCCGCGCACAAGGCACGCGAGCUGGAACAGUUUGAGGCGGAACGCAGACGCCUGCGGGACGCGGCGGCGACGGCGGCAGCGAGAGAAGGCGUCGCCACCACCGCCUCUUUUUCCGGCGCUGCAGGGAGUGCCGCGAGUAGCAGCAACGUCGCGUCCUUCGGGGCGGACGCCGGGGAGGGGGCUGCGUCGCUGGCGUCGCCCGGCGCGCCCGCCGCGGCAGGGGCGAAGGGCGGCUACUUCUCCCGCCUCGGGGAGCUCGUAGUGAACAACAUCGUAGUGAAGGUGCGGAGCGUGCACGUGCGGUACGAGGACGAGUCCACCCGCACCGUCAUGGGCGUUGUCCUUGGCGGGGUGCAGCUGCUCACCGUCGACGGCGCCACCGGGGAGGCGAAGUUUGUCGACCCCGCCGGCCUCUCCCGCACGUGCAAGCGGCUGGAGUUCACCGGGAUGCAGUUCUACUGCGAUGACCCGCUUCGCUACGACCUGGCGCCGCAGGACUACUUCAUCUCAAACAAGGCGGACCUGACGGUGUGGCACGCGGCGAUGCGGGGGCGGGUGGAGGCGGGGGAAGUGGCGAGGUCCACCCUCCUCGGCCCCGUCAUGGGCCGCGUGGAUGUGAACCUGGUCUUCAAGCAGUUCAUCAAGGACCUCCUCCGCGACCCGUACGUGACGGCACGCAUGAAGUUGGAGGCCGUCACCGCGAAGUUUAACCGGGCGCAGUACGUGUCCCUCAUGCGCACCGUGUCGCUGCUGAGUAACUGGACCGAGGUGGUGGAACUGUUUCCGCGCCGGCCCGCGGUGCCCGUCCGGGGCCACGCCGCCGUCUGGUGGCGCUACGCCAUUCGCGCGGUGCAGGCCAUUGCCGGGGCACCGCGUCGGGAGCGGCUGCUGCAGCGCGUCUCGGAGCUCUGCGUCGCCGACUACCACGUCCUCUACCGCGACGUCGUACGCAAGGCGGAGAUGUCUGCCGACAAGCAGCGCGCCUAUCGCUUCAUUACACGAUUUAUGACCGUCCCGGACAUGAUCGCUGGGCGCAAGUACGUCUACGCGCAGCUUGCCAACGCCAUUCAGCUGAAGCGGAAGGACAACGAGGCCAAAAAGGCAGAGGCGCAGUCAAAAUUUGCAAAGGAAAGCACAGGGUGGUUCGGGUGGAUGCGCCGGGGGCCAAAGACGCCGCAGGACGUGGAGGAGGAGGAGCUCGCCUUUGAGGAGCUUGAGCGCUCCUACGGCAUUGGCCCGAACGACGCGGAGGGGGCAGAGGCCACCGCGGUGGAAGCGCUAGCGCUGCCGAAAUCCUACUGCUGGCUUGACGCCCAGUUUGAGCUCCCCAUGUUUGUUCUGCAGCUGGGCCUGGAGAAGGUGGGGGACGUGACGCUGCGGCUGCACUCUGUGGAGACGCAGCUUAAGAAAUUCAACGCGGCCAACUCCGUGCAGCUUCGCUUCAUCACAGAGAACCUGACUCUGUCGAACCCGCUGCAGGACACCGCCUUCCUGGCAAGGCUGCCGGAACUCGUGGAGGGCGUUCCCCUCCCGCCCACUCCUGCAGUGCCGGAGGCGGGAGCAAAGGCGGACUCGGGGCCCCGGUCGGCGGCGUCGUUGCCGGCAACCUACUCGCCGAAGCCGCAAGGGGUCCCACUGCUGGAGUGCAGCGUCGCCUUCAACCCUCUUGAGGUCCAGCGGCAGGAGCAGCCGGAAGACACCCACCUGGACUUCGCCUUGGAUCUCCGUCUGCUGCCGCUGCGCAUUGUGGCGGACCCGUCGAUCAUUGACAACAUCACCCGCUUCUUCCAGGUUCCGCGGGGCCUGGAGCUGACGUCGCUGGUGCAGAGCACCAAGUCCCUCGCCGCUACGGUGGGGCAGACGGCCUCCUCCGAGCUGCGUGAGGCCAUGGCCCACUCGAAGAGCUUCAGCAUCAGCGUGGACGCGGCGGCGCCGUACAUCAUUGUGCCGAGGACGCUACGGGGCUCUGUGGAGGAGCCGGCGCUGGCGGUGUCACUUGGCCACGUCAAGUUUGAGACCCAGCCCCUCACCGAGACGGAGAAGCAGCAACGCCUGGCGACCACGACACUCGACGACGUCAACGAGGAGCUGAUGUACUACUCCAGCAGCGCCACCUUUUCAAACUUCUACGUGGAGCUUGCCCCGAUUGGGAUGUCGUUGGAGCGGCCGGGCACAGGUUUCAUGCUCCUGCCGGAGGUCGCCUUCACCGCCAAAGUUCUGCAGCGCAUUGGCGACGCCACGGAUAAUCGGGAGCGAUUUAUCGUUCGCAUGGAGGUGCCGGUCCUCUGCGUGGCCUGCUCCGUCAGCCAGGCCCACGUCUUGUCCAGCAUGGUGGAGAGCUGGAUGCUCUACCUGCAGGCGAGUGAUUCGCCAUACGCGGAUGAGCAGCUGGCGGCCCCGCCGCCGCCAGCAACGCUAACAGGCGGAGAGAACCCGCCGUUGACCCUCACCGCCCUCGACGCGACGUACUCCCUCGCCCACGCCGCCGGCACGCUGCGGCGCGCCCGCCUCGGCGGGGAGGCGGAGGGCGACGACACCCCGCCCUCCUUGUCGCAGUUGGGGAAGCCAGUGGAGGACCUCCCCUACGUGCGCCUGCACCUGUGGAUCAAGCAACUUGGGAUUCUCCUCUACGAAGACGAGCCUGCGACGCAGCGGCCGAUGCGGAGGCCACGGUUCACGAUGGCCUUCAGUGCGGCCGAGGUGACGCUGCACAUGCGCACGGUGCAAAAGCGCGUCAGCGUGAUUCUUGAGCAGCCGUAUUGCCGUGACGCUAAGAAGCCUGACGAACUUAUUCUUAGUGCCGCCGUCAUCCGCUGCGGCGUGGAGACGUCGCCCGAUGCCCCUGUAAGGGUGAAGGUGGAGCUGGAGCCUUCGCUGCGGUUUCGCUUUGGCACCCCCUGCAUCCAGCUCCUUGAGACGCUGAUGGACAUCGUCAACCUCCUCGCCACGGCGCCAAGUGUGCUGCCGGCGGGGGAGACUAACUGCUCCUCCCCCCACGCGCUGCGAGACGUCGCGGGUGGCGGACUGCCGCCUGGUCACGCCGCCAUCCGUGGCGCGAGCGAGCAGGCGCAGCAGCUCAGCCUCGUGGAGGAGCUGCACAGCACGCAGGACGCGCAGGUGGCGCACCUUUCCCUACACAUUGCGGGGACGGCGGUGGUGGAGUUCAUGGAUCGACGCAAGAAGCGGGCUGCGCGGCGACGUGGCGCGGGCGCGGCGGCCGGCAAGGGCGAGGCAACGACCGGAGAGGCGGGGGACGUGGCUGACGACGACGACGACGAGGAGGAGGAGGAGGAGGAUUGCCCCUUCGCCCACGCCUGCUUCAGCGAGGUGACGCUUUCCCUUAAGCAGAACCGCGAGACGAUGGAGGUGAGUGGCGGGGUCGAGAAGAUGUCCUUUGCCCUCUCGGAGGCGCACGACAUCGCCGCCUCGCAUCGCACCAUUCUGCAGUACAAACCCCCAGAGGCGCGGAGCCCGAUACCGGCCAUGCUGCCGCCGCAGCAGGAGCAGGAGCAGCAGCACGAUGAGGGCGCCGCCGCGGACACGCACCCUGCCCGCCAGGAAUCGCACCAGCACAUUAACUUUGCCUACCGCACCAGCCUUCCGGUGGUGCCCAUCUUUGAGACGGACGGCAAAGGCAAGCGCUACCUGGUCAACGCGGCUGAGCUGCGCUUCUCCAGCUUUGUGGAGAUUGAGGUGGGCUCCAGCACGCUGCUGCUCGACGCCUGCAGCCUCAUGACCGUAAUGCAGUACUUCAGCGCAGGCCCCUUCGCCAGGGUGACGAAGCUGGGAAGCCGGCCGCGGUACGACGGCCGCGUCGUUGUGGCGGCGCCGGCGGUGAAGCCACCGACGCUGCUGACGAGCGUGCGGGUGUUCACGCGGGAUCUUGACUUUAUUCUCCCCAUCGACGCCCACACGACGAGCAACGAACACUUUCAGCUCAGCGUCGACCACGUCGUCGUGCAGAGCAGUUUGCUGUCGGCGGAGGGCAGGCAGUCCAUGGACAUCUCACUGCGCGCGAUCCGGCUGCUGCAUGCGCCCCCUGACGAGGCGGCGGCCGCGGCAGCCUCCAACGCGGGCGGAGCGCAGGAGGAGCCACACACCCUGAUGCCGACCGCCACGCUGGACAUGUCCGUGAAGGCCCCGCUCGACCCGCUCUCCGACGAGCCACUUUACGUCGACCUGCGGGGCGAGGACGUCACGCUGCAGAUCACGGAGGCCAACAUUGUCCAGCUUUGCCGGCUCGCAAGCGGCAACCUGGCACGCGCGUCACCGCCGUCGUCGACGGCGGCCUCGGCGUCGCUUCUGCCGCCGCAGAUGCCGUCCUCCCAGCUCUCUCUCUCCUCCCCGCCCUUGUCGACGUCACACAUGAUGCAGCGGGGCCCGGAGGCCUUUCUUGUUGCGGCGGCGUCGGUUUCAACGCUUCCGCCGCUUCCGCUUCCGCCGCCGCCGCCGCCGCCGCCGCCACCUGUUCCCCCCGCGCACGUCGCCAAGGAGAACAUCGGUCGUGAGGUGCACGUUGUCUGGCGGGCGAGUAAGGUGUGCCUGGACCUGCUUGAUACGCCAAGCAACCAGGUGCGGUUCCACGUGGAGGGCAACGCGCUUGUGUUUCGGCUCUUUGCGCCGGGAAAUGAUGUGACGCUGCGGUGGAAGAGUCUGGAGCUGCACGACGUCUUUGAGGAGACCCACCGUGCCCCCAUGCUGCUCUGCGGGGAAAGCAACGUUGAGAUGCGCAACAUUUUGACUUCCUGCGACAUCCUGCAGAAGAACUUCGGCAUGCGCAGUAGCGUGACGAUAAACGCGGAGCGGUCCACGUGGGAGCUGCUGAGUAGCGGGGUGUCGGGCACCGAGGACGCCACGGCGGAGAACCCCGUGGAGCUGCUUGAGGUCCCCACGCUGGUGGUCGAUUUCACGCUGAAGCGCUUCGCCGUGUCGGACCAGUGGCUCGCGGUCCACGACUUUGUCUGCAACGAGGCCGUCAUGAACGCGCUGCAGCCCGUGACGAUGCGGGCGACGCAGUGGGAGAAGGAGUUCUCCUCACCGUCAACGUCGCCCGUCGCGGGGGAUGCCGUUGAGGCUGCGAAUGCCCCCGCUGCCGGGGGGUGCUUUCACUGCCUGGUGAGAACCCGGGCGGUGAAUGUGCCGUUCCUGACGACCUCACGCGAGGAGUUCAUUGAGGCGGAGAUCACCUCCCUGUUUGUCGACGUGCUUUCGCUCGCCAGCACCACCAAAGUGGCGGUGCGGAUGCAGGACCUGGCGGUGAGCCACGCGGCCUCCGCGGAGCGAAUUCUCUACAGGCAGACCGACGUCGCCGGCCUGGGCGCCCUGCAGGACGAGUUCGUGCGCUCCUCCAAUGACGGCGUCCCACUCGCAGCCCCGGCGCCUCCCGGGCCCGCCGACGCUGAGGCAGCGGAGGGCGGCGGGGGCGACAUUCUCUCCCUCUCCGGCACCUUUGACGCGGAGGCGGCGCGGCAGAAGGUCACCGUCGCCAUUGGGCAGCUCACCGUGCUCUGCUCGAUGCCGCUGCUCGUGCCGCUGGUGGAGUACUGCACCCGGCCGGACCAGCCCAUUGCGAAGAUCUCCAACCUCGGCGUGAUGCGUGAGCGGCGCGAGUGGCUGGCGCGCGCGGCGCAGCAGAUGGUUCAGAAUGGCGCCCUCUCACUCUACCUGCUCUGGCGCCAGCCCCGCAUUAUUCUUGCCGGCGACGCACAGGACCUCGCGAACAGGUCCCGCAGCAUCGAGGCCCAACUUGGGGUGAUGCGCUCGACGGUGCAGCUGGACAAGCGCAGCGGGAGCUGCACCGUCGCGAUGAAGGUGACGGAAGUUGCUAUUCCCGACAUGCUCGAGAAGUCCUCGCUGCAGCUCUCGUACGCGCUGAAGGACGGACGGGAGGAGGUGAGCGUCGUCCUGGACAAGACCACGGCGCUGCUCCACCGCGAGGAGCUGGAGAAGCUGCUGUGGGUGCUGCAGCGCAACCUCCUGGCGCCUGUCCCCACCCGCAGUGACGCGGCACCACCACCACCACCACCGCCGGGCGAAGAGGUGAAGUUCGAAGGGGGAGCCCCGCACGCGGAGGUGGCCCCCGUGCGCACCAUUCAGUUUCACGCGGAGGGCGUCGUCCUCGCGAUUCACGACGUCGUCGGCAUCAACGCUCACACCGCCACUCUCAGCGGGAUUCACGUGGAGGUGGCCCCCUGCGGCGAGGUGCGGCUGACGGUGGACGCCUUCACCAUGCUGGAGCACUUCACCAACCGCCACCUGGCGGAGUCCCUCGGGGACAAGACGCUCACGGUCCGCCUGUCGAGCGCGGAGAAGGCCACCCACGUCGCACUGCCGGAUAUGAAGUUGACGCUCAUUCCAAAGGCCCUGGGAAGCCUGCUUAAUACCGUGCUCUCUGUGCAGUUUCCGCCGCCGCUGCAGGACGCCAAUGCAGGGGGCGAACUUUGCCUGCCCAGCGAAGGAGGUGCGGCGGCGGCUGGUGCUGCUGCUGCCUCCACGACUCUCGCUAGUCGGGUGCUUGUGUCGCUGAACCACUGCUCUGCCGUUGCGGUUCUGGGCGGCCGCGACGUCUGCGUCGCCGAGCUGAAGGACUCCGCCGUGGAGUGGGAGGCGCACGUCGACACCUCCACGCGUCUCACGGCAUCCAUCGGGUGGGCCGUUGUGCGGGAUCUCUUCUCGGCGCACACGCUUUACCCGGAGCUGCUCCGGCCCCUCCUUGAGGGGGCGACAGGGGCGGGGGAGCCCGCCGCCGCGCCGUCGCGGGUGAUGGAGUUUGCGUUCACGUCCGCGCCGCAGAACGACGUCGAGGGCAGGGAGGCGGUGCCCUCGUACGCGCGGCAGAUGCGCUGCGAAAUCUUCUCCCUCGCGUUGGUGCUUGUGCCGGAGGUGGCCUCGGCGCUGCUGCAGCUGCUCUCGGACGUCAAGGAGCACAUCUCGGACGUCAACCGCGAGAAGGCGUACGACUACGUCGCCGACAAGACGGCGCAGACGGUGCAGCAGCGGCAGGAGCUGACGCAGGUUGAGCUGCAGCUCCAUAGCCCCUCGGUCACCUUCGUGGACGCCGCCAGCUCCGCCAAGACGAUGGUGCUGUUCCCGGGCGAUUUGCGCAUCUGGAAUGAGAUUUGCCGCCUCCACGCAGAGGACGCCGCACCGCAGAGCGAGAGCUACGCCGAGGUCUUCCGCCUGAACAUCCAGCGAAUGUCAUUCAACGUGCUUGAGGCCCCAACCUUUGCGCACAAGGCCGCCUUGGAAGUCAGUGUCACACGGGGGAUUGGGACGGCGGCCCCCGCCGCCCAGGCCGCGGCGCUGCCUGCGUCGGACACGACCAGCGUCGUCGUCGCCUUCCCGACACUCGUCGCACACGUGACGCAGGAGCAGUUGGACCACCUGAUGGACUUCAUGGCGGCCAUGAAGUACUCGAGCCCGUCAGGCGGCGUCCCCGCGGAGCACGCGCCUCGCCCACCCGCCUCAGCGUUGCAGGCGGCAGGGGGCGGGUGUCCGGAGUGCGUGUCGGGCGCCCCCGGCGGGGCCACGCCCGCCUCCGCGUCGCUCCCGCCGACGGUGCCGGGGAAAAAGAAGCCUACGCCUGCCGCCUUGGCGCCGCAGCAGUUGGGCAACGCCGUGACUGCCUCCCCGGCCUCUGCGGACACGGUGACGUCCACCACCUCCGCCGUGGAGAGCGGCGACUCGCUCUCGGUCAAGGCGCAUAUGCGGCGACUUGAGGUGGACAUCGGCGGCGUGUUUCAGCUCGGCAUGGAGGACCUGGAGGCCGCGUACGCCACGAACCCCGCGGGUAACGCCACCACCACCGCCACCGCCGCACUGGGGAAGUUUGAGCUGCGGCAUCGCGCCCGCGGCGCCAGUGCCUCCGAUGCGUUCCUCCAGUUAUUGAUGAUGCGAAGGGCCCAAGUAACCUCCACGGUGCUGGUGCAAACGACGUCCGCGGCGCGUGUGUCGGAGACGAAUACAGACGUCACCCUGGACUGCCUGCAGCUCUCACUGGCCCCGGUAACGCUAGUAGACACCAGGGAGAUGCUCUACGGGCCUUUCUGCACCAAGGUUCUGCGUGCGCCUCUUUUGCCCAUCCCAGUUUGCAGGCUAACCACCGACGUGCACGUCUUGGACGCGGACCUGGUGCUAGACGGCUACCACAUUCUCAACACGGCAGACAAGACACGGGGCUCCUACACGCUGGACUUGAACCAGCACAAACUGUUCCUCUCCUCCCCCCCAAGCGCCCAAAUUGCCUUGGACGAUCACUGUCAGCUGACAAUCACGAAUGGUAGCGUGGUGGUGCCCGGCAUGUACACGGUGAGUUCGUUUGUCAGCUUCGGCUUUAACGCGUCGCUUCUCACGACGGACUCAUGCGUUGUGGAGAAACGCCCAUACUGCGAGCGAGCCCCCGCACAGGGGCUCAAGCCGACCUCCAGGCGACGCAGCAAAGGUACCACAGACCCCCACGGGGGCAAGAAUACCGUCUCCUCCCCACUCGCCCCCUCCAGGCCGCCGUCGCAAUCCGGGCCGUUGUCCCCCAUGAGCGCGGCCCCAAUCCUGGCGCAGCAUGCCGCGCCAGUACCCAUUCCUGCGCAAGCUGUGAUGGGGGACGAGGUGAGGACGAUUGUGUCACUGCAGUGCAAGGAGCUCGGUAUUCAAAUGGUGUCCGAGGAGGUGGAGGAGCUGACGCUCACGCUAAACAUGGCCGCCUCCCUCCUGUACUCGCAGAAGACAGAGAAUGGCGUGCUAAUGCAACGCUCAGGGAACAUGCGCCUCAAGGAUGUGCGCACCUCGGCAGAACAAGAGACCACGCUGUUGCCAACGAACAUGGUUGUAAGCGUGGCGGGGGCCGACACCGUCUGUGUUGCUGUAAGCCUAAGCGGACUAGAGAUGUGUCUACGCAUGGCGCUUUUGCGUUCAUUGGUGGAGUUUGGUAAAGAUUCCAUGAUUGUCCUUCUUGGGGAGCCCGCGGUGCAGCGGCGCCCACCGCAGGUGGAGCUCGAGGAUGAGGAGCUGCGCCCCCUGGUGGCGUUGCCAGCCGCCGGGGAGUGUCGCUACUGCGGCGGCACCCGCGCCUGCUUGGGCGCCUCCACCGACGCCGCCGGCGUCUUCUGCUACCGCUGUUGCACCGGACGCCAGGCUUUGCCCGCGACGGAGAUGAACUUUGAGGUGCAGUUGGUGGACCUGCUCUUCCUGGGCAGCGAUGGGGGUAUGCUGCAGCUGCGCGCGGUAAACGGCCUCCGGCUGGUCGUGGCCUCCGACCUGGACUUUCAUCUGCAGGUGAAGCUGCAGAUGUUCAACCUAAACCACCACGCGGCCGUCUGGGAGCCGCUGGUGGAGCGCCUCGAGGGGAACCUGAGCGGGAACCUGGCGUCGUCGACGUACAAGAUCAGGCUGGACCACGUUGAUUACGUCUUCUCGCCCCACAACAUGAAGUUGCUCUUGCAGCUCGCCGCAGACUUCUCCCCCAACUCGGCGCUGCAAAAGCAGCUCGGCAAGAAGUUUCGCAAGAUCGCGGAGGAGGCGCCGUCGCAGGGGCCGGCUGACGUGGCGUUGGCGUCCGUGCGGGGCGCUAUCACGUCGGCCCCCGCCCUCGGGUCCCCCUCCUCCAACCACGUCUACGCCCUUGUCGUGGUGGUAAACCACUUCACCGAGUCGCUGGAGGUUGACGGCGGGACCGUGGGGCCGUGCGGGGGGAAGCUGGAGUUUCAGACCACCUCGCGGAAUGUGUUUUUGCGGCGCACCGGCGCGGGGGCGAGAAGCGGCGUCACAAUCAACUGCGCCAAGUCGCCGCUGUGCGUGCGCGGGAAUGAGAUGCUGGUGGAGGUGCGGGUGGAGCUCUCCCGCCGCGAGCAGUCCUUCCGCCUGCACCGCGUGGUGCACCUCCAAUGCUUCCCCGUGCACCACAGCAACGUCAUCCUCUGCUUUGAGAACAACAGCAGCACCAACGUAGAGGUGACUGGUGGGAUGCCGACGUUGCGCCCGCAGGAGCGGCUUUACUUCCAGCCCAACUUCUCGCUGGAUGAGAAGCUGUGCCUGCGCCCCGUGCGCACCUUCGACGGCGAGGAGUACGCGGCCGCCGUGACGACGCAGAGUGGCGUGACUCCCACCCUGCGCAUGCUGCUGGGCGGCUUCGCCGUCACGCUCGUCUGCCAGGGGAGCAAAAAACCCAGCAAGCACUUCCUCUUUCGGAUGCGGGAGGAGCAAGGGGGGGUGCACGCGGGGAUUCCAACCUUCAUCGUCUCCAUUGAGCCCCAGCUCUGCAUCUACAACUGCCUCCCCUACGACGUCUUUUUCACCAUUGGCGGGACGGGGUCAAGGAAGAAGGAGGUGAUCUACUGCGCGGUGGUGGGCACGACGCAGAAGCUGGAGGUCGGCCUUGGCGAGGUGGGCCUUGAUGAAGUGGUGAUUACCCUCGAACUGCAGCAGCUGUCCCAGGUUGCCGGUGACGCGGCCGUGACGUACAGGACGCAGCGCGGCAUCUCCUGCGCGCGUGGGCUGACGCCGGUGAGGCUCACGACGGGCCCCUCUAAGGAGGCAAAGGAGAUGCGCAUCACGGUGCAGUGCGUUGAAGCCACCAUCCUGCUCGGCACUCCGUACAGCCUCGUUAACUUCACCCCGCUGGAGUUGCAGGUGGCGGAGUCCAAGAGCUCAGGGGGGCUGGUGUCGCGGGCAGUGACCAACUUCGCGGUGCUGCCGAAGCAGAUGAAAAGUGCAUACGCCGCCGCCCCAAGCAUAAGCGAUGCGAAUGCAUUUUUUGUGAAUGUGCGCAUGGGUCAGAUGCUGGCCUCUGGCGUGCCGCUGCACGUGCAGGGUCGCGGGCUGAUUACGCUGAUGGACACCGCCGCCGCCACCUCGCGCGGGGGGAGCUGCAGCGUGUACCACCUCGUCUACCUGACGGAGGUGGACAUGUACGGCACCUGCUUUGUCACCAUCGUGCCGCGCUGGGUCGUCAUCAACCGCACCCCACAGCCGCUUUACAUUGCGCAGGCGUUGAAAAAGCCGCGGCUAAGGGCAGCCUCCACCACGACCGCGACACCGGUGGGAGGCGGCAGUAGCGGCAGUGCGCGUGCCGCGGCGCGGACAUCAACGACGCCGUCAUCUGCGGACGCAGCCCCACCCAGUGGGGGAUCCUUGUUUGUGUGCAACAGAGACAUGAUGCAGCUGGCGCCGGCAAACGCCGCCACACCAUUCUUUUCAACGCUCUACUCUACACCAGAUGUGGGGUAUGACGCGUUUGUGCUGCAGAACGCCUCCGCCCCGGUGCGAGGCGACCCGGUGAGUUUGGAGGAACUCAAGAGUACUUUGGUGGUGGUUCACGGACUAGGCGACGCCCACGACAAGGCGGGGGCUGACAUCAUGCUGGAGGUCUCCGUGAACACGCAGGGCCCCUACACCUACGUCACCCUACAGCAUCCGGUGGUGCCGCCCUACCUUCUCAUUAACCGGACAAGCAGACCGCUCGAGCUGUACGACACGCAACGCCGUCUUCUCGCCCAGGUCAAGCCGGGGUGCAUGCAGUCGUUCGUCUUGGAUGUGCAGGACGGUGAGAGCCGUACACGUGUCUGCUUUGCCACGGCACCUGCUGACGCAACUUCGUCUUCUUCGCCUACUGCCGCCAAGGCUGGGGCUGAGACCACCGUGCAGGAGGGCGACAAGGCCACGGGACAGACCCCAACUUUUGUGGAGUUCAACUUUCAACGGAGCAUGACGCCGCAGGAGGCCGCCAACCCGCUUGGCAUUGAGUACAGAGUUAGCCUUGGGCCGUUUGCGCAGCAGAUUCUGGAGAUUGUGCAGACGGCAGCAGCGGCAGAGGCAGCAGCAGCUGGUGCGGAGCGGGCACUGCACACCUACCAGCCAUUGCCGCCGUCUCCACUCGACGUGGUGAUGAACCUCGGCCGGCUCACGGUUUCGCUAGUGAUGAUGGACAGGGAUUUGCUCUUCGGAUCCAUCGUGGACACGCGCGUCCACUUUAACCGACAGGGCACGAAGGAGCUUCUGGACUUCUCCAUCAAAAAUUAUCAGCUGGACAACCAAAGCGAGGCCAAACCCAUCUUUGAGGUGGUGGCUGCCGCCAUUCGCAGCUCACCGGAGACGCACGCCAUCUCCGGGCACGUGGAACGCACCCUCGUGCCAGCCAAGGCAUUUCUGCACGUGGAUGAGGUCCGCCUGGACGUUGUUCCCGUGGCGCUGCGUUUCUCUGACAAUGUGCUUGUCGCCCUUGCGGGCUUCGCGGCGCAGCUGGGCACGGAGACGCCGCCGCGGCACACCUCCCCCACGGAGGAGGAGUUGUUUGACAUGGCCCCGCUCAGCGUGGGGGUGAUGAACACACGUGUGAUUCUGGAGCGCAUGGUGGUGAAUCCACUUGUGGUGCGGCUUUGGUUCGAGCGCGAGGUGGACGGCCAUGACUUUAUACGCGAACACAUGCAGAUUCGCACUGCUGCGCUGGUGUCCAUGCUGGUUCGCUCCUGCGAGGAUGUGCGGGUUGCCAUGCCUGGUAUCGCCGUGCAGAAGCGCUCCUCCAGCGCAGACCUUAUGCUGAAGUGGAUGCUGCAGAUUUACGUCGACGGCGUCCGCGAGGAGAUUCGUGGGCUGCUCCUGCAGUACGCCUCGUCCCUGCCGCUGCUCGGUGUGCCCAUCAAACUCGUCUCGGGGAUUGGCAGUGGGGCCAUGAAGUUCUUCCAGGAGCCCAUCGCGGGUCUCUCGACGUCCCCCAAGGCCUUCGCCAUGGGCUUCGCCAGCGGCUCCUCGGCCCUUGUCUCGGAGGUGAUGGGCGGGGGCCUGGGCGCCGUCUCAAACCUCGCUAAAACCGGCGCCGACCUCAUGGGCGCCGCCACCGGCGGACGGCAGCGCAGGCGCACCGGUCUCCUGGAAGGCAUUGCCAGCGGCGUCACGGGGGUGGUGACGAGGCCGAUGGAGGGCGCCGCGGAGUCCGGCACCACGGGGCUCGUGCGCGGGGUCGGCAUGGGGCUGCUCGGCGUCGUCGCGCACCCGGUGGCGGGGCUGCUCUCGGACGUCUCGAAGCUCACCGGCGCCGCGGCGCAGCUGUGCGACGACAGCUACAUCCCGGAUCUUCGCCGCGUGCGCAGGCUGCGGGACUUCCACGCGAUGGGCGCGGUGGCGGAGUACGACUCUCUGCUUUCCCUCUUCGAGUACGAGCGGGGCGAACCCAACGGGCUGCGGUGGAAGGGCGUCAGCUUCCUCCCCACCGACGGCCCACCGUGGUACCCGUGCACGAAGGAGGAGGCCCAAUGCACGGCUCACGUGGCUGCGGACGUGUGGAGGCUGGCGUUGUACGACACGAGCUUUGAGGGCUGGCGCUUCUGCCCGAGGUACUACGGGCUCUACACGCGGGAGAAGGUCCCCACGGCGCGGGUGCGGCGGCGACGGUGGGUGGCGGUGCUGCGACCACCGCCGACCUCGCGCGUGGUGCGGCUCGUGCAGCAGGUUUCCCCCACCGUGGCCUCCAGCGCGCGUGGCAGCAGCGCUGGCGCGGAGAAUAAUCAGAGAGGCGAGGCGACGGCAAACCCCACGCCUCGUUCUUCUUUGACCCCGAGUGCCGCCGCCGCCGCCGCCGCCGCCACUGUGGCACCGCCGCCUGCGCAGCGGCCUUCCGCCUCGGGGGCCGCCGCCCCCCACGACGCUCCCCGCAGUGAGCAGGUGGUGGAGGUCUACGAGUACGAGUCGAAGGUGCCGAUACUUGGCUGGGGCCGCCGCUUUCUUCCGGCCGGCUGCCCGCCGUGGCAGUACCGCGACGGUCGCGCGGCCCCGCGCAAGUCGGAGUUUCAGCUCCACCCCGGCUGGGCGUGGGCCUCCGCCUGGACGGUCGCCAGCAGCGCCGGCAGCGACGGGUGGGAGUACGUGAAGGCGGAGAAAAACUCCUCCUCGCCGACGCUGCGCCGCCGCUGCUGGCGCCGCACCGCCCGUAGAGUGCAGUAA